AUGGGAGUAUUGGAUCCAUUUAAAGAAACUUUGGAAUCAUGGAAGUCUUCAUUACGCAGCAGCAUAGCUAGUUCAAGAGUUUGGGUGAAAUCUGAAGCAGACAAAGCAGGGGCUUCUUUAAAAUCUGCACUUGGAUCUGCAUUUGAGCAAGGUUCUAAAUUUUAUAAACAGGAAAAAGAGGAUGUUAAAGCUUUAUAUCAAACAUAUAAACCAGAAUGGCUAGGCGAUUUAUCCGUUAUAAGAGAAAAGAGAGCAGAACUUUUAAGAGACUACAGUUUAGGGAGGAGAACUCUUACCUUUGUAUCAGGCACAAUCUUAGUUUUAUGCCUUUCUCGUGGGAUCAGACCUAAGAUAAAGAACACCUUGCUCUAUAGCUUAUUUGUUGGCUCAGCAAUUGCACCUGAAGUCAUAAGCCCUUUCUAG